CUGUGUAGUGUUUUUGUGGUUUAGUUUUUUUCUCCAUUUCUUUCGUUGGUCACAACAAAUUAUAAAAAUUAAAUAAAUUUAUCACUGCACACAAUUUUUAAAUCUAACGAUAUUCAAGUGAAAUUGUAAGGCUUCAAUAUGAAUUACGGUCGUAAAACUCCAUCAACUUAUCGUUCCAAUCCAUCUGUGUAUUCACACACCACUGGGAGAUCAUCAACAAAUCUACAUUCCAUAAAGUCCCGUUCAACACGUUCCGUGCGUAUACCUUGGUAUCAACGACCCAUAUUGCAGAAUAAUCAGUAUAUUGACAUACAAAAGAGUUCCAUGCUUAUUGGGCUCUUUGCCAUAUUUUUAGCUUUAUUUACCAUUGGCACCUCAAUAUUUGAUAUUUAUUCUUUGGCUAUGGCUGCGCCAGGCUCAACGCAUUAUGGCUACUAUAUAAUAUCGUAUGAAUUCGUUUAUGUUGGCAAUAAACAUGUGCGUAACAUGCUAAUCGUAUUUGCUUUAUUUUCGUUAAUACUGGGCUUUAUAGUAUUAUUUACUAGUAUUUUACUUGUGAUUGCUUUAAGAAAAGAAUAUGAACGUAAAGUGAUGCCUUGGCUUUGGUCCUUUGCAGUGUUUACCAUUUGGCGGAGUUUAGCAUUAAUAUUCUUUGCCAUCGUAAAUGAUUUGUAUUUUGUUUAUAACGUUAUGAUGGUAUUCCUUUGGAGCCUCUUUCUCAUUAUAUCAAUAUAUGGUUGGUGUGUUGUGUACUCUUUGUUCUUAGAGUUGACAAAUUUGACUAAAUUAGAGGAUUUGGCACAUUUAAGGAUGGGCACAAUGGCUUCGUUACAUGCUUCUGCUGCUAAUUCAUUAGCAGGUUCCCGUCCAACUACACCUCAUAGCACUGUCUCUACUAUGCCAGUGGGUUAAAUUCGAAAACAAAAAAAAUUAUUUCAAAAUAUGUCAGUAGUAUAUAUCUCAAAGUCAAAGUUAGAUCAAAAAGAAUAUUAAACAAAGGAAGCAUCAUCAACAAAAUAAUGUAUACCAAUUAUAAGUUAUAGGUUAUUUAAUUUUAAUAUUGUAUAUGCUCUCCGUGAAAAGAAUCAGAAAUAUUUAUGCAUUCCAUUAUUUUCUCAUUCAAAAAUUAUACACAAAACAAAAUUUAACAUAAACAAUAAGUUAUUUAU